CCCUCUUCUCCCUGCUUUUCAAUCAAAUCAAUCACAACACUCCAACCAAGUCAUCCACAAGACUCAAACCACAAACCAUCAAAUCAAACAAAACCACAACCUCUUCAUUUAUAUAUUCCAUAUCUCAAUCAUCAUGCGUUUCUCCACCACCGCCUUCAUCGCCUCUCUCGCCGCGACCUCCGCGAUCGCCAUGCCCACCGACGUCCUCACAAAGCGCGACACACCCCCAGCCCAAUGCAGUUCCAAACACGGCUCAGUCUCCAACUUCUGGGGCAUCUACUACCCCCACCGCGGCGGCAACGUCGGAGACUGGGCCAACGGAAUCCUAGACAAUGUACGCGGUCGUGGCUGUCUAGUCACAAACUGGCAAGCCAUUCAGGAUAAUGAGGAUGGUGUUGCUUGCACGUUUAGUGUGCCUUUGACCUGUCAGGCUUAUGAUAUUGCGGCGGCUUUGAAUGCUGCUUCGGGGGAGUGGAUUUAUUGUGAGGGGGAUACUAUGAAUGGGCUUUUUGAUGGGGCGGGGCAGGUUAUUAGUGGGUUUGCUGGGGUUUUGGGGGAUGUUGCUGGGGCUCUUGGUAUUUUUGCAAAGUGAGCUAGGAGAGACAGCGUAGUUGAUAGACUGUUAUAUGACCUAUAAACA